AUGGUUGAAGCCUUAAGGAGAACUCUUGUUGGACUAACCCUUGCUGUGCCAUUCAUUGUUUCUGGCCAUGGUUUUGCAAAGUUACAUAGAACUCUCAACCAGUGUCUUGGUAUUCAAGGCAUAUCAAAGAAUCGAUUUUAUGAGGUGGUCCAAUUGAUUUAUCCUCAUAUUCAUGACAUUUUAACUGAAAUCUGCGAUGAAGAAAAGGAAAACAUGAAGAAGAUUGACAACAAUGUUUUAGGAAGUUGGCAACGAGCAGUUGUUACCUCUGAUGGAGUCUGGCACACAAGAGGCCAUUUUAGCAAAAAUGGUUCUUUCAUUGUAAAAAAUUAUCUAACGGGAGGUUUACUGUGGUUUGGACAUACGUGUAUGCGAAGAAAUUCAGAGGAUGAUGAUUUGUUUAUGGGUACUGCAAAAUCAAUGGAAGGUUUUCUUGCUGGGGAAUGUUACCGACAGGGCAAAGAUGAAGGUUGCAACAUAGAGGUGGUAUGGCAGGAUGGCGAUUCAAGUUCCCAGAAGUCGGUUGAAGAGGUUUUUGGAGCUGAGCCCAGGAGGUUGUUUAAGUGUGGGCGUCAUGUUGGAAGGGCUCAUGCAAACAGUUUGAAAGACUUGGCCAAACAAAAGUUUUUUUCACCUGCACAAAUUAGUAAAUGGAAAGCUACAUUCCUCGCUAUAGAAUCAGCAAAGUGUGCAUGUAAGCGACAAGCAAAACCUGUGGUUGUUUGUCGGAUGCAUUUAUUCAGGGUACACAUUUGAACCACUUCUGCUGUUUGCAGCAGUGCAAGAGUCCUGAUGACUAUGCAAGGCGUAUGAGGAGUCUGGGGGGUCAUCAUUGAAAAGACGAACACAAGUGGGAUGAUGGGGAAUGUGAUUUUCACCCAAGUAUUGUUUGUUCUUGUGGAAAAUGCAAGAAGGAUGAGGAGAUAUCAUAG